GAAAAAAAAGAGUUGAAGAAGGGAAAAAAAAACACCCCGCGCAGCUGUCCGCGCAAUUUAUGGACUAGUCCUUUUGCAAGGACGUCUACCUACCAUAAGAAAAUCUAAUACGAUUCAAUACAAUACGAUCCAAUAUAAUUCAAUUCCUCCUCUAGUAGCGAACCCCAAUUCUAUAUAGAGGGCUUCGACCUCGAUCUCCUAGAUCCGGUAUCGCUUGUUCUUCAUAUAAACAUCAUCUAUGUUGGUGAUCUUGUUUUUUACAUAAGUCCUUCACUGUCACCGUCAUCGUCAACCGUCAUGGCCGCCGAUGAUAGCCCCUCGAAGCAGAAUUCAAGUCGACCACAGUUGUCUUCUAUGAGAACUAGUUCCUUCCUGAAAGAACAUCAGCAGUAUCGGCCGCCCAAACAUCUGGAUAGCCAUUUUGGCAUUGAUACCGUCGUUGAAGAUCUUCAAGCGUCUAGAAUAUCUCCCCCCAAGUCUUUUAGCCCUUUUAAUGGUGUGCCCUCCAAGGACGAACCGCCGCGCAUCCUCAAAGGCGCUAAUCACGACUUCACUCAUCCUAACUGCGCUCCGACCCGAGGUACCAGCUCAGAUCGACUUGUUGCUACCUUAAUAUACAAGUCUGUGUCGCCUCGCGCGCCUAAUGUGGUUCCCUCCCCGCGAUUCCCCUCCUCCAAUUCCGAUAUCCCCGCGAACCUCGCUCCGACGACCAAUAUCGAGUCAUUUCCCCUGGAGCCCCCAGUAGCUGCUGAACCCGAGCCACUUGACCACCUUUACGGUUCCUAUAUAUCCCCGUUGUGCGUCACAUCUUUUCUCCAUCUAAUGUCUACUUUUCCUCUACCUCAAGGCGUUGAAGAAAUCACAUCCUCCCACCGCUGUCUCGACGAUCCAGAGCACCCUCUUGUUGUCGAGUUGGCAUUGUCGCCGGCACCGUCCCCGAGCUAUUUAUCGCUGGCUGAUCUCCGGAAACAUGAGCUCAUUUAUCGAUUUGAGAGGGAGUGGAACGUCGACGUUGCAUUGCAACGUGACACUCUAUGGCGGCGAUAUCCACGCCUAGUCGUUUUCGACAUGGAUAGCACGUUGAUCACGCAAGAGGUGAUCGACUUGCUUGCCGCGACCAUCACAGACCCCCCAGACUUGGCCACCAAGGUUGCUGAUAUCACGCACCGGGCAAUGUUAGGGGAGCUGGAGUUCGAUGCCGCAUUUCGGGAACGGGUUGCAUUACUUAGGGGACUCCCGGCCAUAAUCUUCGAGCAGUUGCGGCCGGUUUUAGAUGUGACAAAGGGAGUCCGUGAGUUAUUAAAAGCAUUCAAGAAAUUGGGUAUCAAAACUGCCGUACUGUCUGGAGGUUUCUUACCACUAACUCAGUGGCUUGCUGAUGAACUGGGGAUUGACCACGCACACGCGAACGAGGUUAUAAUCGAUGACUCUGGACUACUGACUGGCGAGGUACAAGGGCGCAUCGUAGGUAGAGAGCGGAAGCAGGAGCUUCUCCUCGAGAUUGCUAAGAAAGAAGGAAUCUCGCUCGAACAAGUCGUGGCUGUUGGCGACGGCGCUAAUGACCUAUUGAUGCUCGACACGGCAGGAUUGGGCGUAGCGUGGAACGCAAAACCGAGGGUACAGCUCGAAGCUGGCGCACGACUUAAUGGCGAGACCUUGGUUGACUUACUAUAUUUGUUUGGUCUUACGAGCGAAGAGGUGGAUCUGCUGACGACGUGAGCCUAGGAGGUAGGUACGUCUCCCGAAUGCUAUGUCGUAAACAUGUGUGUCUUCCGCCUGUUUCGAUACUUGCCGUAUCCUAAUUACCAGAAAACAAUUCACAAGAUUACGACUUUCUAAUAUUUUGGUUACGAUGAAGAGAGAAAGGGGGAGGGGGGGGGGGAGGGGCA